CUCCGAGCGAGCAUUAUGCCUUGGCACCGUGAGUCCGCCCAGUGACGCGACCGUGCUAGCUGGCUAAAAACAAUCCACUCACACCGCGGGCCAGCUCCCAUUGGGACAUGCUCCUGUGGGUACAGCUUCUCUAUACCAAGCUGGUUACUAACAUCAAUGUCAAGGGAUGUGGAUAACCCAACACAUCUUUGCUCACCCCCCCUCCAAGCAUUUAUGCCCGUCACCGUGAGUAGGCCCAGUGACGCGACCGUGCUAGUAAGUACCUCCCCAUGGUCGUUGGCGUCAGAGUCAGGUAUUAAUCAGUUUGACAGGCUGGCUAAAAACAAUCCACUCACACCGAGGGCCAGCUCCCAUUGGGACAUGCUUAUGGACGAGGAUAACCCAACUCGUCCAAACACCUCCAUCAUGCCAGCGCUGGGCUCCGGAAGCAUUUGGUUUCAUAGUCGCUGGCUAGGGAUGAUCGACUCACAGGAAGACAUGUGCUGAGUGGUGGUCACGGCCUCGACAAUACACUUCAUAGUCCGGACAACACACUUUGCGAUCCGAGGGCACGUUUGGGAUGGUAGGGGAUA